AGAAGCAAAAACCUAAUUUAGGUAAACAAGAAACAAGUAUUACACAUAUAUAAAAGGGUCGAAGUACAAAUUUUAUAAUCAACGAUGGAGGAGAUAAUGUCAAUGAUCUUCAGCGGAAUCAAUCUUGUUAAGGAGCUCGAGUUCAGCUUAACAGCACAAGAGUCGCCAGAAUCUCUCUCGACUUCUCUCGGUUCAGUCUCCACUCUGUUCGGAGGCGCCAACGAGCGGUUAAAAAUCCUACUUGCGAGGAGGAACGCUUACGUACUGACUCUGCCUGAACCAAAACCAGUUCCAAUGUCCGGUUUGGACCAGAUGAUGAUGCAGCAGAUUGAAUAUGAUCUGAUGCAGGACUACAGUUUAAGGGAAGGAGUGAUGCAAGGCGUGAAGAAUAUAGACUCAGGUCCGAGUUGCGGAUUCUCGACUCCAAGGCCUCGAAGAAGGUACGUAAAAGAUUAAGCAUCCGAUCUUUUACGUUGUAAUGGAAGAAACACAUACAAAACAUUCGAAGACUUCGAUUGAUUACUUGGUGCGCAACAGAGUAGAAAAGAACAUAUAAAAUUUAUACGAGUUUUUUUUUUGUUUGAUAUGCUUCGUAAUGCUGAAGUAAUAAACAUGUAGAAUAAGUAUAUAUGUUUUUUUGGGGUGCAAACGUUAAAAUGAA